AUUUGGGGUCAGCGCUGAAUCUUGAGGUAUCCAGAAACUCAGAUUUCACUUAAUAUUAACUUUUUCAGAUAGGACAAUCUGUACCUCUUUAGUACUUUUAGUUCUAUUUUCUUAAAUUUUUACUCUGACAACACGAAUUAUUUGUCAAAAUAGAAAAUGUCUGAAUCUGAACAGUCAGACAAAAGUCAUAAAAGUCUGCAAAAAUAACAACAAUUCAAAAAACUUCUGUUCGAGCGCUACAACAGCUGGAACUGUUUACUAUGUAUUCAUUAUAAUUAUAAUACAAAAACCAAUGAAAUGGAGAUUGCACACAAAUUCAUUUGUAUUUACAGCACUACACAGUUAUUGAUUAAUUUUCAUGAAAUCUGAUCAGACCAUGAGUAAUUUUCAGCUACUAUUUUCAUUGUACCAAACUUGAUCUUCUAGGUAUGUGAUUAAUAGUGCUUAUUGUGAUAUACUUUAAUAUCGCCAUGGGAUCUUCAUUUGAGGAAAGUUUAUAUCGCGCAGUAUUAGCCGAAGAUAUGGAGGCAAUUUCCCGAGCGCUUUCCAAAGGUGCUAAUCCUAAUACAAUUACUGUACAAGGUAAAACCAGUUUGGGUGAAGCUGCAAAUAACGGAAAUAUUGAUAUUGUAAAGGUAUUACUAAAAGCUAGCGACUCUAAGCGACAUGUGCCUGUACCAUAUGUGGGGUCUCCUAAAAAGAGACAAGUGAAGUGCCAUAAACGCAAGUUGAGACAUCAUGGGCCUCAUGAUGAAACUGUUGUUAAAUGUAAAAGCAUGAAUGAUAGAAAUUUUAAAGAUUUGAAUUUUGGACAAGAGACUAAGGUGAAAGGUGGUCAAAAGUCUGAGACCAAUCAAGGAUACUUUGUGUUUACACACAGUGAUGGGUCCAGUAGUGACGAGAGUAAGAUUGGGAGUUUGAAAUCUCCUUUGACUCCUUCACCUUUAACACCCUCCCCACAAGAUCUAGAAUGGGAUGAAGACAUAGGAAAUGUUGCACCAACUACUAGUGAAGAUGAAUCCUGGACGUCUAUGUAUAAAUGGUAUGCUGCUAUACUGGAGUCAACAGGGGCAGCUAUUGCUUCAGCCUCAGCUAUGUUCACUGCGGGAAUUGAUCAGCAUGAUGCAUUUAUGCACACUCCACUACAUUAUGCUGCAGAACAGGGUCAUGUUGGUGUUGUUAAAUUGUUGAUAGAAGCAGGUUGUAAAAUAGAUGCUGAGACUGGAGAUGGUGUGACAGCUUUACAUGUUGCAGUUAUCAAAAAUUAUAUUGAUAUUGUGAAGAUACUUAUAAAUUCUGGAAGCAAUGUCAACCACAAAACCUAUGAUAGUAUGACACCUUUGCAUUUUGCAGCGUCAAGAGGUUUCUUAGAUCUGGUAAAAAUUCUAGUCAGUAAUGGUGCAAGUUUAGAAGCAAGAGAUUCAAAUGAGAGGACAGCUUUGUAUAUAGCUGCUGGUCGUGGGCAUAUGGAUGUGAUGAAAUAUCUGAUAGAUGCAGGUGCUAAUGUGAACAGCGAAGAGAUACAUGGAUAUACGCCUCUUUGUGAAGCUGUAUGGCAAAAGUAUGCUGUUGGUGUAGAACUUUUAUUGUUAUCUGGUGCUAGAAUCACUCACUCUCAUAGGCUGUUACAUAAUGCAAUAAUUCAAAGACAGAUGGAAAUAGUAAAAAUGCUUACUGCUUAUGGUGCCGGGAUAAACUUGUAUAAUGACAAUGGAGACACGCCACUGCUUUUAGCGGUACGACUAUCUCAGCCCGCAAUCGCUAAAAUAUUAUUAUGUAAAGGUGCAAACGCUAACUUGUUAAACAGUAUAACAGGUGCCAAUGCAUUACAUAUAGCUGUUGAAAGUGUGGAUUCCCAUGAAGAUUUCGAGGAAUUGUUGAAAUGUUUAAUAGACUACAAGAUUGAUUUGAAUGCCACAGCUCUUACUGGCGAUACUGCUUUAAACAGAGCUCUGUUAUUACACAAAGAUCCUGCAGCUGUUCUACUUAUUCGGUAUGGCGCAGACGUGAAUGCCUGUGAUCUACAUGCUUGUGGUCUAGACAAUUUAUCCAUAGCAAGUAGAAGAAGAUCGAAUAGCUUAGCAUUGAUGUUAUUGAAGGCAGGUCAUUAUAUUGUGAUGCCAGAUAAAGAUACAUCAACUUCAGCAUCUGAUUAUACAAAGUGUUGGUUGUAUAAUGUUUGUAGGGAACCACUUACUCUUUCAGAUCUCUGUAGAAUUAGAAUUAGAUACUUAGGCCAAAGUACAUCCACAACAUUGUACCGCUUUAUAUCUUCAUUGCCCCUUCCAAAGAGUUUAAAAAGAUAUCUUAUGAUGGAAGAUGAAGGUACAGAAUACUUUAACUUUACUGAAUAAACAAGGGUAAGGGUCGUUAUUAUUACUGCAUUCCUAGCAUGUCACCAGCAGACAAUCAAUUUGUUUAUGACAUGGUGGAAAAUCAUAUAGUAAGCAGUUGGUUUGGUCUGUCUUAUAAAAAGUUAGAGGAAAAAGAAUAAUUAUCUAUAUGCAUUUUUAUUUAGUAAAAUUACACAGUAGUACAAAGGUGUACUUAGGGUAAAAUACAAAAUAUUUAUUGAUUAGAAUAACUAUACUUAAUGUGACACAAUAUGUUUGUCCAUAAAAUCUUCAAAAUGAGUUGCAAUUGUUUAAAACAUCUAGUAGUAAGAGCUAAUGCUUGUUUUUUAAAAACACAUGCAAUAAUAUAUAGGGAAUGAGCUGCAAAUUUAUGUACUUAUAAACCAAUCUAAGUAUAUGGUUUUAAGUUGUGAUAUUUAUUUUUUAUUAGUAUAACAUAGUUGUGUUGAGUAUUAUGUCAAGGAAAUUAUGUGGGUACAGCACUAUGUAUACUUGAUCUGCAGCUCAUUUCCUUUUCAAAAAUUGUGACAUUGUUCAAAUAACGUGAAUUGUUUGAAGUAAGAAUCUAGUCCUAAACUAAGACAUGUAUUAAUACAAUUAGUAAUAAAAUAAAUGAUAUGAAUUCUGAUAAUUAUAAUACAUAGAAUAAGGCAACACUAGGUUGCUUUUAAGCCUACAUAUACACAGGGUGAGUAAAUUGUAACAUACCUAUUCUGUUGUUAAUACAAUGUACAUACAUACGAAA